AUGUCUGCAUUUCCCAAGACAGAGGCUUCCUUGCAAAAGCUGCUCGAUUUACUCAAGUGCGAAAAUUGUCACAAGACUCUUCAUGAUCCGCACACAAACGGCGUUUGCUCUCAUACGCUGUGCUUAGAUUGUUGUUCCAAGAGUAUUGCUCCUUCUGGAAGUCGAUCUAAGCGUCACGCUGGGAAUUCUAAUGUGUGUCCACUUUGCUAUAUUCCAGUUCGACCCUGUGACAUCAAACCUCACCCACAACUUACAGAUCUUGUCCUCGUAGCACGAAAACUGGCAAAACUUAUCAAUAGUGUUCCGGCACCUCUUACAUCGGUUUUAUCUGAGAAAACAGAGGUUGCUCAAAACAAUCUUUCCUUUUUGAAUUCUGUCGAUUACUACCAUUUUAAAAGUCCUUCACCGUCAGUAGCUGAAGGUGCCGUCUUGAAGUCCUCAGAAUCUCCUGGCGCUACUCGUGGAGCUAUUUCAAAUUCUCCUGUAGUUUGUGAAUCCAAGCUUACUAAUCAACCCGUAGUUGUCUUAAAUGACAUUGCUGGUAAUCUUGAAGAGAAGAAGAAUCGAAAAGUUAUGCCUCCUCCGGCUGCUAUUCCUCGAGUGAAGACUCGCAUCAAUACCAGAACAAAUGCAAACCUUGAAAGAUUUUCCCCAUCAUCAAAGGCUCCUUUGGCUUCACCAGAAAAGUCAGAAAUGGAUGAUACUGUUUCCGCAUCAGUUGUUAAAUCACCCCCAACGGGAAGACAAGAGCAAGUCAAGAAGAAACUUCCUUCCACCGAUUUUCCAAAAGACUCCAGAAAAGGCAGAGUCGGUAGUUCAGUUUCUAAUUCAAGUUUCAGUGACCAGGAAACACGAGUCAACUGUAAGGGCGAGAGUGCACUUCAUCGAGCGGCUAUUAAAAAUGAUCUUGGUCAACUGCAUGCCCUCCUUUCCGGUGGUCAUUCUCCAGAUGUUCGAGACCAUGCUGGAUGGACACCUCUACAUGAAGCUUCUUUAAGAGGGUAUAUGGAAGCUGCGAAAUGCCUUUUGGAGGAAGGAAAAGCGUCUGUUGACGUUCUAGGUGGACCGGAACUGGAGACCCCUCUCCAUGAAGCUGUUUUCAACAGGCGAAUUGAGGUCAUUCGCCUUCUACUAGAAUACAAUGCUAAUCCUAACUUUCCCAAUGGCCAGAAUGUUACUCCAAUUCAAGUUUGUGAACGCUGUCUUGCAGAUACCAAUCAGGAUAUUAUCAAUUCAGCCAAGGCAAGCAUGAAGGGUCGAAAAACUUUGAAAAAGGAUCUUUCUCAGGCUCUCAAGGAUUAUACAGAGAUUCAUGAAUUGCUUGUGAAGUCUGCCAAAACUUUUUCUGCGAAGUGUUCUAAUACUAAGCUUAUUGCUGACACUUCAGCGUCAGCACUUUUCUUAGAAAGACGGCGCACUAAACCGGUAUUUCUCUGUACUGGACUUGAUCGUGAUCAACAAAGGCUGGUUAAUCGAGUUGCCAAUCUGACUCAUGCACGCAUUGUGAAUGAAUCUUCGACUGAUGUAACCCAUCUUAUCACUGGUAUAAGAAUGCUUUCUCCAAAAGAAGGAAAAAAGAAGGGGGUUAAAAAGGAUAAGGGGGUGGAGGAGGAGCGAAAACAGUCUCCAGAUAUAGGUCUUCAUUGUCCGAGAACGCUGAAGUACGUGAGUUGUGUGUUACAGGGUUGUUGGAUUCUCGCCUUUGACUGGAUUGAAACGUGCUUGGAAAUGCAAACUCGAGUGAAUGAAGAAGCCUUUGAAUUGAAUGGAUGCAAUCCAUCGCCAAAUUCAUAUGCUCCUCGUCGAAGUCGACUGGCGAGGGAGGCAGGUUCAGCUGGGCUUUUCCACGGGUUUAGAUUUGUUCUUCUUGGAAAUUACUCUUACCCUUUUCCAAGUCGACAAACUCUCGUGAGUGUACUCACACUCGGUGGUGGCAAGAUUUUCCAUCGGGAUAUCACCUCACCCUCCCGCUUAGCUUAUCUAGCUGCAGAUGACCCAAUCAUUUCAUGCAAUUGGAUCGUUCAAGAUGAACAGGAAGACUCUUCUACUCAGGGAUCUAAGCCGACCUUCAAUGCUCUCGACAUCAAAGACGAUCAAGACAAGGUGAACAGGCAUCAGUUGAUAGCUCUCUAUGACAAUAGGGCAUCAUCCUCAUCAGUCGUUUCAAAGUCCAGUUCGUCUCCUAAAGGUGGUGAGAAUUCAACCACUACAGUCAUUUUGAAACCGAAGGAGCUAGUUGAGACAGCCUUGAGGUUGUUGAAACCAAGAGUAAUACCUUCUACUGGAGAACCUUCGUUAGUUACCACUGCCAACUACCGUCCGAUUAAAUUGGUACCUGCGUCCUGGGUUAUGAUAUCCUCUGGCGAUUAUAAUUUACUAUCUCUUACUAAUAUUGACAAGUGA